CGUUGCGUUUGCGUGGUGUUUUUGUGGACGACGGCGUCGUCGUCGCCAGCCAGCCAGCCAGCCAGCCUCCCCUCCUUGUGGCUCUCGUCUUCCUCCCCCCGCGUUGCCCUCGGAAAAAAUCCAUCCUUUCUGCUCCGGAAAUUUAGUCCCCUCCUAUUUAUGACCCAUCCAUCUCUCCCGCGGAGGCGGCCCCUCUCCGCCUGAAAAUCCCCCCCUGCUCCCCUGAAUCGGCCUCUUGAUUCCCGCGUCGAUUUCUUCCUCCUUCCCCACGCGUUCUUGAUCCGAAGGUGCGUGUGUUUUCUGGAGAAUUUCCCGCUGUUGAGGUGUGAAUUGGAUCCAUUUCGAUCCGUCCGGUCGCCGCCGGCCCGUUCUUGAUCCCAGGGGCGGGCUCCUUGAUUGGGUCUCGUGUCGCCCUGGAGCAUUCUCGCGCGAGACCAAGAUGCUCUACUUGAAGCAGCCGAAGAGGAGCUAGCUGAACCACGCGGAGUCUCCGUUUGUCUUUCUGAAUUUCUCAGGCUCGGAUUCGUUCUGGCCCUCUUGUCUGCUGCCUGCGUGUUGAUCUGAAUAUCUGACCCGAUGGAGGCCAUGAGAGGCGGCAAAUUCCUCCAGAAGUUCCGGCUCUACGAAACCAGAUCGAAAUUUUAUCUUGUCGGAAGAGACAAGAGCAGGACUCUUUGGAGGGUGCUAAAGAUUGACCGGUUGGAGUCUACUGAUUUGGGUAUCCAGGAGGAUCCUACUAGUUACACAGAGAAUGAAUGCCAAGAACUACUAUGGCGGAUUCACGAGGGAAAUAGGUUGACCGGUGGGCUGAAAUUUGUCACAAAAUGCUAUGGAAUAAUUGGUUUUAUGAAGUUUCUUGGUCCUUACUACAUGGUUGUAAUUACCAGGAGACGAAAAGUUGGCACAAUCUGUGGCCAUGAUAUUUAUUCAAUUGGCAAGAGCGAAAUGAUCGCAAUUCCAUGUCCUAUAGUCUGCCCCAAUGUGGCUAAUUCUAGGGAUGAGAACAGAUAUAAACGACUCCUUUGCUCGGUCGAUCUUACGAAGGACUUCUUCUUCAGCUACUCUUACAACAUCAUGCGCAGUCUUCAGAAGAACAUAAAUGACAAAAAUACUGGACAUGUUGUUUAUGAAACAAUGUUUGUAUGGAAUGAAUUUUUGACACGAGCAAUGCGGAACCAUCUCAAGAAUACCGAUUGGACCGUGGCCUUGGUCCAUGGAUUUUUUAAACAGUCGAAGCUGGCAGUAUCUGGGAAGGAUUUCUGGUUGACACUUAUAGCAAGACGCUCGCGUCAUUUUGCUGGAACCAGAUUCAUGAAACGAGGUGUUAAUGAAAAGGGUAGGGUUGCCAAUGACGUUGAGACUGAACAGAUUGUUUUUGAAGAUACACCUGAUGACAUCCCAAGUCAAAUAACUUCUGUUGUACAACAUAGAGGAUCCAUACCUCUUGUCUGGUUUCAGGAAACUUCAAGACUUAAUAUUAGGCCAGAAAUCACGUUAAAAUCAGAUGUGGACUACAAGGCCACCCGCCUUCAUUUUGAAAACCUUGUUCUUAGAUAUGGGAAUCCUAUAGUCAUCUUAAACUUAAUCAAGACUCGUGAGAAGAAGCCUCGUGAAUCUUUGCUCCGUGCAGAAUUUGCAAAGGCUAUCCAUUACAUAAAUAAGGGGUUACCAAAUGACGAACGCCUUAAGUUUUUACACAUGGAUCUGAGUAAACUUUCUCGAAGGAAAGGCACCAAUGUGCUCGGGCUGUUAAACAAGGUAGCAUCAGAUGUGUUGGAACUAACGGACCUCCUCCAUUGCGAGAUAACUACAUCAUCAAAACCUUUGGAUGCUUCAAGUGGACAAGGGUCAUCUGACAUCAAAAGAAAUGAUGAUUUCUGCGCAGCUACAAUGGUACCUCUUCUACUGCAGAAGGGUGUCCUCAGGACAAACUGCAUAGACUGCUUAGACCGCACAAAUGUCGCACAGUUUGCAUACGGGUUAGCUGCUUUAGGGCGUCAACUUCAUGUGUUGAAGCUCACUGAAGAACCUAAAAUUGAUCUGCAUGAUCCUUUGGCCGAUGAUCUGAUGGACUUCUAUGAAAGGAUGGGCGAUACAUUAGCCAUCCAGUACGGUGGUUCUGCUGCUCACAACAAGAUCUUUUGUGAGCAAAGAGGGCAGUGGAAGGCAGCAACCCAAUCCCAGGAGUUUCUUCGAACCCUUCAGCGUUACUAUAAUAACGCGUACACAGAUCCUGAGAAGCAGGAUGCUAUAAAUGUGUUCUUGGGUCAUUUUCAGCCUCAACAAGGGAAACCACCUCUGUGGAAGUUGGACUCAGAUCAGCAUUACAAUAUCGGCCGGCAAGGAACUUUAAGUGAAGAAACUGGAAGAUUCAUAAAGAGGUCGCUCUCGGAUGGAAAUAUUCUAUGUGAAAACAGUGCACCUGUGUCUGACCGUAAUGUCGGCGAAAACAACACUGCAAACUCAGAAUUACUGCCUGUGCAACAGCUGGAUGAUAUUAGAGAGCCUACUGAUUCUGCACCAGAGAUCUAUAUGUGUGAAACAAACCCAUGCCCCAGUACAAAAUAUAGCACGAUGCCUGGAAGACACUCCAUUUCGGAGGAACGGCAGAGUUACCUGAAAAGAUUAGGUUAUCCGGAGUUGCAUUCUUCAAAUUUUCUCGAUCUUGAUUUGUUAUCGUCUUCAGGAAAUUCUUGUGAUGAAGAAGCUUUUGAGAGGUCAUCACUCAUUCACUCACCAUUGGAUGGUAUCAGUGUUGGAUCUACUACUACUUACAGUGAGCCAGGACACAAUGAUGAGGGAAGGGAUGACCUGUCCCGCUCAAGCAGCCAGCUCUCAGACUCGCGCGACUAUUCUGACCGCUUUGCUCAGUGGGUGGCUAAUGGAGGCAUGCUUUGCUACUAAUGCUAAAGAAUUUGUCCUGGUGACAUCUCCAUAUAAUUUUCGCCGCAGCACAAAGGCUCCACAGCUAGAACAAAGGAAAAUCAAUCUCAAGAAGAAGCUGCAGCCGCACAGUGCUGCCAUUCGCCAAGGCUGAAGCAACAGAAGAAGAAUUGGCACGAUUCGCUCGGUGGAUCAAAGCUCUAACGCAGUAACUCAGUUGAGGAAUGAAUGCAGAUGAUGGUGACUUGUGGUUUGGUUUUGUUCGGACAGGGUUGGAGUGCUAUGGUGAAGAAUUGACCGUAGUGAAGGGAAAGGCAAUGAAUGAUAGGCAAAGGAAAUAUAUCUAUCUGAUUCUUUUUCAAGGGUUAGCUUAGGUAGACAGCUUAUGUUUUUGUUCACCUUUAGAAACAAAAUACAAAAAAACACAUGGAAAAUAACAAAAAGAAAGAGACUUCUCCUGUAAAUAUAUAUGGUACAGAUAAAUAUGUUGUCACAUGUUUUGGACGA